GAGGCUGCCCAGAGAAGCCGGCCUUUUGGGAGCACGGCGAGGGAGGUCAGGUUUCCCAUAGACACACCGAAGCGGGGACUUCAGUGCAAGUGACCUGGCGUGCUUGCUGCAUCACCGACCAGGUGCAUCCGAUCUGAUUCCAAGCGUGCAGGAGAAGAGAGAACAUUCCCAAUUCCUUGAGAAGACCACAGUCUGACCGCAAAGAUGUGCUCCAUGAACCCAGGCAACUGGGUCACCUUUGACGAUGACCUUGCUUUUCAAUCUUCUCAAAAGCCGAAGAGCUUACCUCUGGAGAGUCAAGGUGUCUGUAGACCCAAUGGGCUUAAGCUGAACCUUUCUGGCCCAAAGGAAUUUCCCAGUGGAGCUUCUUCUACCAGCAGCACCCCGCUUUCCUCUCCCAUCGUAGACUUUUACUUCAGUCCAGGACCUCCGAGUAAUUCUCCUCUUUCUACACCUACCAAAGACUUCCCAGGUUUUCCUGGUAUUCCCAAAGCAGGGACUCAUGUACUUUACCCUAUUCCAGAAUCUUCUUCAAACAGCCCACUCACAACAGGUUCCUCGCUAUCGCCUACAAAACCAACCUGUGUAUCCCAUGCUUUCUUACCCAGCGAGCACUCAGAUGCACAUCCAGCUCCCAGAGGAGGCCUUACAAAUGAAACCAGCCCUCACCAGGCCGAAAGCCAGGAGUGCCAAAGUGAUGCUCCCCAGUUUCGGUACUCUCAUGAGGACUGCGCUUUCUCAAGUCCAUUUUGGAAGGAUGAAGGCGGUGCUUCCCAGGUCAGCCUUGACCUCCCCGGAAGCAGAAAGACAUUCUCAUCAAGAGACAAGGAGAUGCCUAUUGACCAAAAAAGCCUCAAUAAGUGUUCACUCAACUACAUCUGCGAGAAGCUUGAACAUCUCCAGUCAGCCGAGAAUCAAGAGUCCCUUGGAGAUUUGUCUGUGCGGUGUCUGAGCGCUGAGGACGCCGCCUCUUCCUUCGUCCCCCAUGCCCUCUUCAGGAGCCAGCCCAAAGCCGGGUGGUCGUUCAUGCUGAGGAUCCCCGAGAAGAAGAACAUGAUGUCCUCCCGGCAGUGGGGACCGAUUUUUCUGAAAGUUUUACCUGGAGCGAUUCUGCAGAUGUAUUACGAGAAGGGUUUAGAGAGACCUUUCAAAGAGCUGCAGCUCGAUCCACAUUGCAGGCUCUCUGAACCCAAAGUUGAGAGCUUUAGUGUGGCAGGCAAGAUCCACACUGUGAAGAUUGAACACGUGUCGUACACAGAAAAGAGGAAGUACCAUUCUAAGACAGAAGUGGUGCAUGAGCCCGACGUGGAGCAGAUGCUGAAGCUGGGCACCACGGAGUACCAGGACUUCCUUGCUUUUCUGACCACCGUGGAGGAAGAGCUCAUGAAGCUGCCAGCCCUUUCAAAACCAAAGAAGAGCUACGAGGAGCAAGAGAUGACCCUGGAAGUUGUGGACAACUUUUGGGGGAAAGUCACGAAAGAAGAAGGGAAACUGGUUGAAAGCGCAGUGAUAACACAAAUCAGUUGCCUCUGCUUUGUGAAUGGGAAUGCGGACUGCUUUUUAACCUUGAAUGACCUUGAGCUGCAGAAACGAGAUGAAUCCUAUUUUGAGAAAGACCCCGAAAAGAGGGGAAUUGAUAUUCUUGAAUACCAUUUUCAUAAAUGCGUGAAGGUACAAGAAUUUGAGCAAUCAAGAAUCAUUAAGUUUGUACCUCUGGAUGCCUGCCGGUUUGAGCUGAUGCGUUUCAAGACCUUGUAUAACGGGGACGAUCUUCCGUUUUCUGUGAAGUCUGUCGUGGUCGUGCAGGGGGCAUACGUGGAACUGCAGGCCUUCAUCAACAUGGCCCCGUUGGCUCAGAGACCAUCCCCGGCCAGCUCCUUGCGGUCCUGUGACAAUGUGAUGAUUCACUUUCCUGUCCCGUCGCAGUGGAUCAAGGCUCUCUGGACCAUGAACCUCCAAAGGCAGAAGUCCCUGAAGGCCAAGAUGAACCGCCGGGCAUGUCUGGGGAGUUUACACGAACCUGAAUCUGAACCUGUCAUUCAGGUCACUGUGGGCUCAGCCAAGUACGAGAGUGCCUACCGGGCCGUGGUGUGGAAGAUAGACCGGCUUCCCGAUAAAAAUUCUAGUCCUGAUCAUCCCCAUUGUCUGUCCUACAAACUAGAACUUGGAUCAGACCAGGAGAUCCCCUCUGACUGGUAUCCGUUCGCUACCGUGCAGUUUGUGAUGCUUGACACCUGUGCCUCCAGGACAGAGGUCCGGUCUCUAGGGCUGGAGAGUGAUGUCCAGCCACAGAAACAUGUCCACCAGCGAGCCUGCUACAAUGUCCAGGUUGAAAUAGAAAAGAAAUGGGUUAAAAUCGAAGGAGAAGACCCGGAUAAAGCUGGCGACUGCGUAACUCAGUAGGGUAGCAAGGGGAAAGAGUGACGUCACGCUGGUCGGAUCUGCAAAUCACAGAAGCCACACCAAGUUCUGCUGCGGCACCUCGGACGGGAGUUCUGCACGGCGGGCUGAGCACAGGCCAGAAUGCCGUGUUAGAGAAGUUUGAGACCUACAGCCGAACCACCUGUGCUUUGUGCUGCUGAUGUGUUUUUGCCCCAGGGGUUGAUCUAAGCUGUGUCUGUGCUUGUGUGAUGCUCCGCUUCCUCCUAAAACUCAAAGGCACUGUUUGACGUGUGGCCUGGCAGCCAGUGUGGCUGAAGGGGUUUUGAGUUUUGGGGGCCUGGGGGCUGAUUGUUUUGCAGUCUGCAUUACACAGGUGCUGUGUUUAACACCCCUCAGCCCCAGUCUCUUCUUGCUAUCAGCACCUGUACCAGCAGGUAAGGCAAUCAACGGAGACGCAAAGCACGUACUUAAUUCUCCCCGUGCUCGUCUCUGAAAUGUGGCUGGGCGUAGAAUGGUGUUGAAACCGCAGGCUGAAAUGGAGAGUUGGAGGUAUCUGUGGCUUUGAAUUAUUUAUCUCCUUGUCCUCUUACCACACUGGUAAGUAACCCGUGGCUGUGUUUGGGUCCCUGUCUUUCCCCUACCCUAUUAUCAUUUUGGAAAUCUGUUUGUAUGGUGUGGGCUGCGAAGAAGCCAUUUCUGUUGAUAAUACAGACUUGAGUGUGAGUCACUAAGAUUUACUGCUUUUUGCUUGGUGAGAUUCCUUUCAGGAUGCAUUUUGGAGUAUUGGCCACUACGUGAAAUAUUUAUGUACAUUAAAGAUGAAUUUUUAAAAUUCAUGGAUAUUGUUUUCCAAAAGUAGCGAUUUCAAGACUGUAUUUUGAUAACGUAUUAUUUGUAAUCAACACAAGCUUCUUUUGAGUAGAAGUCUAAAUCAUAUUAUGAUUAUUUUAUGCUAGUUCUCUUUUAUGCUAAUGCUGCUUAAUUUAGAGUAUUUUUCUUCCAAAGAUGAGCAAAGUGAAACACUAGAUUAUUUUACCUAGAUUGCUAAGCAGUGAUGUUGCUAGUCUUCAGAGUUAGAUAGAAGACUAGAAUUGUUUGAUUUCUGAUGAAAAGCCAAUGGUAUUCAGUUACGGCUAUUUAGAAUUUCAGUAUUUGCAGUGAGAGGUCAGAAUUAGAAAUGCUAUGGAAUCUAUAUUCUAGAUAUUUUUGGCCUGAAAAACAAAUUCUUCCCUGUGGUAUUAAUACAGCUUCCAUUUAUGUUGAACCUGAAUUUUGAGUAAGAUCUCUUUUCUUCAUUUACUAGAUUCAUUUCUAAUCAAACCUGAUAUAAUGUUCUUCCGAGCAACAUUUACUGGUCGGCCUGUAGAACUUAUGUCAUAUGUUUUAGUUAAUAUUGUAUUACAUUCAUUUCAGUCUGUGCAAAAACAGAUUAAAACAAACAUUUAUGAUGGUCCUUAUCCAUCAGCAGACUUGUUGGCUUCUCGUGAGUUUACUGUAAAGGCAAAGAACGCAGAAGUCAGCAGUUAAAACGAAUCCCAUUGCUCCCUACCCUCACUCGGUGCAAGGCUCACGUUGCCACACGCUCAGGACUCCCUGUUGAUGUCUGGGAGGGCAAAGCUGUGUGUGCGCGCCCUUCCUGAAAAUCCCACCAUCUUUGAAUACUGUCUGGCGUGGGCGCCCUCAGGGGGACUUUGCCUGCUCAGAGCAAAUCUGGAGGCCAGCCCAGCGCGGCCUGCAGGGUUGAUGGCUGCCCUUGCUUUCUGAGAGUGUUCCGUAGCCUCUUGCCGGGGAGAGAACGCGCGCUCUGAUUCAGAUGAACGGAAUGAAUAUUUAUACUUCAAAAUAAAUGCAGCGAAAGGUUCAGCGAAUCGCCCCUCGGGCCUCACGGGUUGACUGGUGUCUGCUAGGGUCUCAGGAUUCAGCCUUGAAAACAGAGCAGCAACAGACUGACCAAAGCUCUAGAGUUGAGUUCUGCAGCCCGGCGAAGGUGGAUGGCAUUACCAGCGGGUGCUACCGCAUAAUUGUUAAUUUGCACAUCUAUUAGGACCUUAACUAUUCAUCACUUAGUGUUCAAUUAGCAUUCUGUGGAAGGAGAGGCUUUUUAAUACAAUUCUUCUGUAUAAGUCAGACGUGGCUACGGCCAGAGUCCACUUAGACUUAGCAAUUAAGAAGUAGAGUCUCCCGUGGCCGAAAGUAAAUAGUGAAAAACUGCUUUGAAGGGAGGUUCGUUCCUUGGGAGCUGAGGAAGAGAGAGGCCUUUCCUGGCAUUUCACUCCAGAUUACUACAUCAGGGAGUGGAGUGGAGUCAGUCACUGGACGGGCACUAGGGCCCAGGGCAAGGAGUUGACCCAUUGGAGUCCGGUUGUUCUCUCCUUGGAUCAGGAUUGAUCACGAUGUGCUUAGUCAUGCAGAUCUGGACUUCAGGAUGUUUCCUAGAAGGGAUGAAGGAAAGGUACUUUCCAGCGUACACGAAGGCUGGAGCUUCUUACCUGACGCGUGCAAGCUGGAUGGUUCUGGGGUUUUACUUCCAUUCUGGCCCUCUGCUUGUGAUACAGCCUUUGUUUUUUCUGAUAAAUUCAGUUAGAGGGCCUUCCUUCACAGUGGCUGUUAUGUUUUGCUCAAGCUACGAUUUUUGUGUCCUGUACAUAUAAAGAUAAAACAGAUGGAGCCUUAAUAAUCAUGUAACAAAGUAUUUUGUAGAUUGCAUAUUGAUUUUUCUAAAAUUAAAGAUGUAUUUCAAAUAAUUCUUGCCAUGCUGUGGACUUCUAGCUUCUUUUGCAAG